AAUGAGCAAUUAGAAACUGGAGAUAUUCCCGUUCAAAAAAAAAGAAAGAAAAGAAAAUGGAGAUAUAUCCCGUGUUUUGACCGCCUUGUCGGUCUUUAACGGUUGUUUCCACCCUAUCAGCAUAUGCUGUCCAAAUGCCGCUUAUCUUCAAUCCCCACCGUCUAUUUCAAACGACAAUUCUCCUUCCCGCCAACCCCCUUCUCAGCUCAAACCAGCCAAAACGCCCCAAAACACGGAGACCCAUCUCACGGAACCUACUCGCCUCUCCCUCUAAGCCGACUCAGAGCUAAAAUGACUGUUUCCGAGUCAACCCAUUUCACCGACCCUCGCUCAGCCCAUUCUUUUUGCUCCGACGCCCUCAAAGUCUCAGCCAAAAUGGGUUUUCUUCCCGAAGGAAAACAACUACAUGCACAUAUAAUAAAGUUGGGAUUGUAUAACGCGUUGUCCUCGCAAAAUCAUAUCUUGAAUGUUUAUGUCAGGUGCAAGGAGUUCAAUGAUGCACAUAGACUGUUCGGUGAAAUGCGUGUUAGAAACGUGGUGUCGUGGAAUACAGUGAUUUCUGGUGUUGUUGACUGUAGUAGCAAUAAUAGGUCGAAUCUGUAUCUGGGUUUUUCUUAUUUUAGGAGAAUGUUGUUGGAAAAGGUAGGGCCAGAUGAUAUAACUUUUAAUGGUAUGUUUCGUGCAUGCAUUGAGUUGGAUGAUGUUGUGAUUGGUAGAGAAUUGCAUUGUUUCGUGAUGAAAGUGGGGUUUGACUUGAAUAGUUUUGUUGGUAGUGCCCUUGUCAAUUCGUAUGCAAAAUGUGGCUUGGUGGAAGAUGCGAGGCGUGCUUUUGAUGGUGUUUUGUCUAGAGAUUUGGUUUUGUGGAAUGUGAUGGUGUCUUGCUAUGUUUCAAAUUGUUUGGUUGAAGAGGCUCUUGGGGUCUUCAAUUUGAUGCGGUUGGGAGGUUUGAAGGGAGAUGAGUUUACAUUUAGUAGCCUGCUGAGUUCUUGUGGUGCUUUGGGAUCUUGUAAUUUGGGAAAGCAGAUCCAUGGCCUCAUCGUUAGAAAGUCAUUUGACUUAGAUGUUCAAGUGGCGAGUGUGCUCAUUGAUAUGUAUGCAAAGAGUGAAAAUAUAGAUGAUGCUCGCAAGGCUUUUGAUAGGAUGACCAUUAGAAAUGUUGUGUCUUGGAACACUAUGAUUGUGGCCUAUGGACAUUGUGGAGAUGGGAAGGAGGCUAUGAAUCUUCUCCGGGAAAUGAUCCAGGCAGAUUUCUGUCCUGAUGAAUUAACUCUUUCUAGUAUCCUUAGUUCAUGUGGCAACGUGUCUGCCACUAGUGAAAUUAUGCAGGUCCACGCUUUCACUGUUAAGUUUGGGUUUCAAUUAUUUUUAUCAAUUUCCAAUGCUCUGAUACAUGCAUAUUCCAAGUGUGGUAGCAUCCUUGGUGCAUAUGAAUGUUUUAGAUCUGUUUUGGAGCCUGAUCUUGUUACAUGGACCUCGAUUGUAUGUGCAUAUGCAUUCCAUGGUCUUGCCAGAGAAGCUACGAACUUAUUUGAGAAGAUGUUAUCUUAUGGCAUGAGGCCAGAUCCAAUCAUUUUUCUUGGGGUUCUCUCUGCCUGUAGCCACGGGGGGCUGGUAAAGGAGGGGCUUCAUUACUUCAAUUUAAUGACCAAUUACUACCAAAUUGUUCCACACUCAGAGCAUUAUACCUGUCUUACUGACCUCCUUGGCCGAGCUGGUCUUUUGGAUGAGGCAUUUGAUGUUUUGACCUUAAUGCCAAUAGAAACUGGGUCGAACACCUUGGGAGCAUUCAUUGGGGCAUGCAAAGUCCAUAAGAAUGUGGAAUUAGCAAAGUGGGCUGCAGAAAAGCUAUUUGCAUUAGAGCCGAACAAGCCUGUAAAUUAUACUUUAAUGUCUAACAUGUAUGCUUCUGAAAGAAGUUGGCUUGAUGUGGCAGGAGUACGCAAAAUGAUGAGGGACAGAUGUGAUUCUAAAGUUCCAGGUUAUAGCUGGAUGGAGAUUGCUGGUGAUGUUCAUACGUUUGUGUCAAGUGAUAAAUCCCACCCACAAUCUGUUGAGUUGUAUGCUGUGUUAGGAACAUUGCUUAGGUUGAUGAAGGAGGAAAAUUCCAUAUUUUCCAUGUUAAAGCUGACAGUUUUCUAGUUGAUCAUGCACUUAACUUCCCUUGCUGAUCCAGAAUUUUCUCUUAAAGAAGAACCCCUCGAGUGGUCAUUUUGCUUCUCAUUCCGAAGGAUUGGCAAGCUUUUUUAACAUUAUUAAUAUAUUUUAAUAAAGUGUCCUAAACUAUAGUUACAGUUUCUCCAGUUGUGUAUGAUUAUAUGUACAUAUGUCAGUCUAACAUUGAUUUUUCAUGAGUACAACCGGUACUAUGAUAAUCUUCUAUUGUUCCAAAUGAUC